UUGUGGUCGAACAGUUGAAGCCAAGCUUUACUUUGCUGUGCGGUGGUUUUUGUCGGUGUGCGUGCAUCCCUGACACUAGUUUAAAUUAUAUUGACAAAGUCCCUUUGUUUUGAUUGUUUUGCUUAUAUUUUAAUUGUGUGGGCUCGUGUUUCCCGAAUUUGCAUUUUGCAAAACAAUUCGCGAAUAUGACGCGUAGUUUUGCUAUUUGUUUGUGUGUGCUUCAAUUGGGGCUGCUCAUAAAUGCCACUGGUCGGUACACCGUUGUCGCUCCUGGCACUCUACGCUCCAACUACAAGUAUAAUGUAGCGAUUUCUGUUCAUGACGUCGACGUGAAGAGUGUUAUCAAAGUCGGCAUUAAUGGACCAUCCUACAAUGAGACAAAGCAGGUGGAGGUGGAGCCUAAGUCGACGGUUAAUGUGGAGUUCGAUGUACCGCAUUUGUCGAGCGGUGACUACAAUCUGACAGCAGUUGGCAUUGAGGGUCUUAUCUUUGAGAACUCAACGAAAUUGACUCAGGCCGAUCACAAGCCAUCGGUGUAUAUACAGACCGAUAAGGCAACAUACAAGCCCGCAGAUCUAGUUCAUUUCCGAGUGCUCUUCCUCGAUGAGAAUACACGUCCGGCUGUCAUCGAUAAACCGAUAAGCAUUAUCAUCAAGGAUGGAGCCCAAAAUCGCAUCAAACAAGUGAUGGAUGUGAAGCCCACCAAAGGCGUCUAUGCGGGAGAGCUUCAGUUGUCGGAACAACCCGUGCUGGGCAAUUGGAAUAUUGUCGUCAAGGUUGGAGAGGAUGAUGUGAAAGAGACAAAGUCCUUCGAGGUGGCCAAAUAUGUGCUGCCCAAGUUUGAGGUAGUCGUGGAGUCAACCAAGGAUAUUGCCAAGCAGGAUGGUGUCAUUAAGGCAACAAUUCGUGCUAAAUACACGUAUGGUAAGCCUGUCAAGGGCAAGGCCACAGUUUCCCUAGCACCCAACUAUAGUUUCUAUGGAUCAAGUCGCGACAGCGAGCAGAUGAAAACCAUCGAUGUCGAUGGCAAGGGACAUGUGGAAUUCGAACUGCCCACUUAUUAUACGUCUCCAUUGAAAAUCUUUGCCGAGGUAACCGAAGAUCUGACUGGCAACAAACAAAACGCUUCUACUGUUGUCAAUCUGCACUCGCAACGAUAUAAUCUGGAGGCCCUGGAUAAUAGUGUGCGCUAUAAGCCAGGCGUACCGUUUACCUACCAGAUGGUGGUAAAGAACUUGGAUGGUUCACCUGUUCGAGAUGCCACCAAGAAGGCAAAACUCUCCUUGGAACCACCGAUUAGGUACUACCACUUUUCAAGCUCCUCCGCAGCUUCAGAGCCUGAUGCAGAGACCAUUGAGUUUGAGGCACCCAUCGACGAGCAUGGCAUUGCCUCAUUCAAUAUCACCUUGCCCGAGAAUACUGAUCGUUAUUUCAGCUUUAAGGGAUCCUAUGCAGACACUACUUCGCAGCUGGGUACACUCAAUCAAUUCCAGCCAGCUAUCGAUUCAAAGGAUCCACUUAGCAUCAAGAUCAAAACCAAAUCGCCGAAAUUGGGAAAACCUCUUUCUAUUGAUGUGAAAUCCGACAAACCUAUUCCAUACUUCGUUUAUACAAUAGUCGCCAGAGGCAAUAUUGUGAAGGCUGAGUAUGUCGACGUGGCCGAGGAGAGCAAGAGCCAUACGAUUAAGCUAAUCCCUACCUUCGAAAUGGUCCCUCAGUUCACGAUCUAUGUGCACUAUGUGGUCGACAAUGAAUUGCGAUUCCAAGAGCAUAAUGUAAACGUUGACAGAGAAUUUGAGAACUCGAUUGAAAUCUCUGCUCCUUUGGAGGCAAAGCCAAGUGAAGAGGUGAAGCUUAAGGUGAAAACAGAUGCCGACUCAUAUGUUGGUCUGCUGGGUGUCGAUCAGAGUGUACUGCUGCUUAAAUCUGGCAAUGAUUUGUCACGUGACGAUAUUUUCAACGGCAUCAGCAACUUCAAGACAUCCACACCCUGGCAACGAGGUUAUGGUCGCUAUCCAGGAGAAACCUCUGGGCUAGUGACUCUCACUAAUGCUGAUUAUCCCUAUGAUACCGGUAGAAGUAAUUAUCGUAGACCUCAGAGACCUCAAAGACGGCGCUGGCCGAAUCAGCGUAGGAGGACCGGAGGUUUUUAUCGGCCAGGCUCGUCCAGGAGAUCUUCUGGGCGUUGGGGAAGUAGCGCAAGGAGUUCCUAUUCACCUGUUUCAUAUUCAUUUAGAGCGCAAUCAUAUUCUGCUCCAAGAAAGCCACAAUUCUCUUCUGUUCCGGUUGUUGUUCCUCUAGUUCGUAAAGAAUUUCUGGAAACUUGGAUAUUUAUUAACGACAUAAACACGGAUGCCGAUGGCUUUACUUUGGCAAGAAAGAUACCAGACACCAUAACGUCAUGGGUUGUUACUGGCUUCUCAUUGAGUCCUAAUAAAGGUUUGGCUUUGACUGAAAAUCCAAGCAAGAUUCGUGUAUUCCAGCCGUUCUUCGUCUCCACAAAUUUGCCCUAUUCAAUCAAGCGUGGCGAGGUCUUUGCGGUCCCCGUUGUUAUCUUCAACUAUUUGGACAAGAGCCUCGAUGCUGAAAUCACAAUGGAUAACGCGGACAAAGAAUUUGAAUUCACUGAAGCCACAAACGAGGUGGAGGAGAAGUCCAUCGAUGAAGUGAGCCGCGUGAAGCGAGUAACUGUGCCAUCCAACAGUGGCCAGAGCGUCUCUUUUAUGAUACGCCCCAAGAAGGUGGGAACCAUAACCCUGAAGAUCACAGCUAUUUCUCCGCUAGCGGGAGAUACGAUUCAUCAAAAAUUGAAGGUUGAUCCGGAGGGCAUUACGAAAUACGAGAAUAGAGCUGUCUUUAUAAAUCUGCCAAAGGAGGGCGAAUUUAAUCAAGAGCUCAAGGUCGAUAUACCCAAAGAAGCUGUACCAGAUUCCGGAUUCAUUGAAUUCUCGGUGGUCGGUGAUCUCUUGGGUCCCACUAUCAAGAAUCUGCAGAAUUUGGUGCGCAUGCCUUACGGCUGUGGUGAACAGAACAUGGUAAAUUUUGUGCCAAACAUUUUGGUCAUCAAAUAUCUGGAGGUGACGAAUCGUAAGUUGCCCAGCGUUGUGCAGCGUGCCCAGAAGUUCCUUGAAAUUGGAUACCAACGUGAAUUGACCUACAAGCACGACGAUGGCUCUUACAGUGCGUUUGGCAAGUCUGAUAAUUCUGGCAGCACCUGGCUAACUGCCUAUGUGAUGAGGUCCUUCCAUCAGGCCGCCAAAUACACCAAUGUCGAUCCCAAGAUUAUCAUGGACGGUCUCGACUUCUUGGCCUCCAAGCAGAAGGACAAUGGCGAGUUUCCUGAGGUGGGAAAAGUGGUUGACUUUUCCCAUCAAAAUGCUCUAGGUCUCACAUCAUUUGUGGUUAUUGCCUUCUUUGAGAACGAAGAAGUUAUUUCGAAAUACAAGGAGAACAUCGACAAGGCCUUGCAAUAUAUCGCUGAGGAGGUGGAGAAGUCAGACGAUCAAUAUUCCCUGUCGAUUGCAGCUGUUGCCCUUCAACUAGCCAAGCACCCUCAGGCAAAGAAGGUUCUUGCCAAGCUAAAGACAUUAGCCAAGGAGCAAGAUGGUCGCACCUGGUGGUCCAAGACUCCCAAGAGCGAGGACUCUCAAAAGGAAUCCUAUUACCAUCCAAGCAGCAAUGAUGUUGAGAUCACUUCUUACGUGUUGUUGGCUCUUUUGGAAGAGGAAUCAGCUGAGGCUGCAGUGCCAAUCAUCAAGUGGUUGAUUGGUCAGCGCAGCAGCGUAGGUGGCUACGCAUCUUCACAGGAUACGGUCCUUGGUCUGCAGGCGUUGACCAAAUUCGCCUAUAAGACUGGCUCUGGCAGUGGAAACAUUGACAUUGAUUUCACAUCCUCGGACAAUGCUGGCAACGAAAAGAAGGACACCAUUCCAGUGAAACCUGAGAAUGCAUUGGUGCUUCAGAGUCAUGUGCUGCCGAUGAACACUAGCAAGAUCGAUUUCACCGCCAAGGGUCAAGGCUCUGCAAUGGUUCAACUCUCUUAUCGUUACAAUUUGGCUGAGAAGGACAAAAAGCCCAGCUUCAAGGUAACACCCACUGUAAAGGACACACCACUGCAGCAGUUGACACUUGAAGUUUGUGCGGAAUAUGUGCCUCUCGAGGAUUCAAAGAAGGACUCUAACAUGGCUGUUAUGGAAGUUGCUUUGCCCUCCGGCUUUGUUAGUGACUCUGAUAGCUUCGGCGCGAUUGAAGAUAUUGAUCGUGUAAAGCGUAUUGAGACAAAGAAUUCCGACUCCACGGUGAUUAUUUACUUCGAUAGCUUGACCCCUGGCGAUGUUAAGUGCCUUGAUGUCGAGGGCAUUCGGGCUCACUCUGUGGCCAAGCAGAAGCCAGCCGCCGUUAGAUUGUAUGACUACUACGAUACGGAUCGUAGUUCUACUGAAUACUACCAAGUCAAGUCCUCGCUCUGCGACAUUUGUGAGGGCUCCGACUGUGGCGAAGGAUGUAAAUCGGAGAAGUAAGCCUCAGCAGAGUUGCUCCGUUAUUAUUAUAAAAAUUAUAAAGCUCAAUCAAAAUAAAAAUGCAAUAUAUUUGUAUACUUCAUGUUUAAUUCAAUUAAUUGUAUAAAUUUAUGGCUGCUUGUUACCAGCAUCAAUUAAUCUGAAAAAUUUAAA